AUGGACAAGUCUGUCGAGCCAAAGGAUGUUGGCGGCAGCAGCCCUGUGCCCAUCGCCGACGACGAUCUUCCGGCGUAUGGCGAUUCGCAGCCCGCAGGCAACUGGAGACAGCGAUUCGUCGACAGCUUCAAGCGCGAUCCCAACGCCUAUGUCACUAGAGGUGGUCAAUCCGGCGCCACUGGCAAUGCUAUCGAUCUUGAAACCGCCGCGCAGAACACGGCCAGGUCGCCGCUGCAGCGGCGCCUGAAGGGCCGCCACUUGCAGAUGAUUGCUAUUGGCGGCUCAAUCGGCAGUGGUCUCUUUGUGGCGUCUGGAUCCGUGCUGGCAAGUGGAGGCCCGGCUUCCGUGCUGAUUGCUUACAUCCUGAUUGGCGUCAUGUUGUAUUGUACUGUGCACGCCCUGGGAGAAAUGGCGGUGCUUUUCCCCGUCGCUGGUUCCUUCUCCGCUUACUCGACCCGUUUUCUCGACCCCGCCUGGGGCUUUGCUAUGGGAUGGAAUUAUGCCCUACAAUGGCUAGUCGUUUUACCCCUGGAAAUCGUCGCCGCUGCCAUGACUAUUAAAUAUUGGCCCGGCGCCGAUCACAUUAGUCCUGCUGCCUGGGUCACGAUCUUCUUGGUUCUCAUCAUCGCCAUCAACUUGUUUGGUGUGCGAGGAUAUGGUGAGGCCGAGUUUAUAUUCGCUAUUAUCAAAAUCACGGCUGUGAUUGGUUUCAUUAUUCUGGGCAUUAUCCUGGACUGCGGCGGUGGUCCUGAUGAAGGAUACAUUGGUGGCAGAUACUGGCAUCAUCCAGGAGCCUUCCACAACGGAUUCAAGGGCCUUUGCAGUGUCUUUGUCAAUGCGGCCUUUGCAUUUGCCGGCACCGAAUUGGUCGGUCUGGCUGCUGCUGAGACCGCGAACCCACGCAAGUCGCUCCCCUCUGCCAUCAAGCAGGUGUUUUGGCGAAUUGCUCUCUUCUAUAUUGUGGCUUUGACUCUAGUCGGUCUGUUGGUCCCAUAUGAUGACCCUCGACUUUUGGACGGAUCUAGUUCGGCCGAUGCACACUCAUCGCCUUUUGUCAUAGCUAUCGUAAAUGCAGGCAUUAGUGGCCUGCCCUCAGUCAUGAAUGUUGUGAUUAUGAUCUCCGUUUUAUCUGUCGGCAAUUCUUCUGUCUACGGAUCAUCGCGAACUCUCGCCGCUCUCGCUGAGCAGGGACAAGCACCCAGGUUUUUGGCCUACAUUGACCGCGAAGGACGUCCGAUCUUUUCCAUUAUUGUGGCUUCCCUUCUCGGUUUCUUGGCUUACCUCGCCGCGUCCGACAAGGAGGAAGAUGCUUUUAACUGGAUGGUGGCUAUCUCAGGUUUGUCUUCGAUCUUUACCUGGGGCUCCAUUUGUUUGUGCCAUAUUCGCUACCGCCAAGGCUGGAAAGCCCAGGGUCACAGCCUUGACGAGAUCCCCUUCAGAUCCCAGGUGGGUGUCAUUGGGUCAUGGGUGGGCUUCCUUUUCAACUGUCUUGUCUUGAUUGCGCAGUUCUGGGUUGGGUUCGCUCCCGUAGGAUACGCUUCGGACAGUGCAUCUGACUUGGUGGAGAACUUUUUCGAAGCGUACCUUGCCGCCCCAAUUGUCAUUGCAUUCUACAUCCCCUACAAGCUCUACUUCAAGACCCCAUUCGUCAAAGCCGCCGAUAUGGACUUGGUUACUGGUCGUCGUGAGCUCGAUAUUCAGGACCUUCUUAACCAAGAACGCGCGGAACAGGCGCAAUGGCCCUUGUGGAAGAGGACCUGGCACUUGUUCUGUUAA